AUGUCGCUUUUUCGAGUUAUUGAUUGGUUCACAUUAACUAUUCCGUAUGCAUCGACUAUGCUUGAAAUGGAAAUUUAUAAUGAUAGGCGUGAGUUUACAGGAAACUUCAGAAAACCCCCCAAAAAACGAAAAAAAAUAAAAGUAAAAAAAUUGUCUGCGAUUCUGCGUGAACUGUGUUGUCUGCAAUGCACACAUUGAAAAAUACCGUAGUAAAAACCAAUUUUUUUCAGCUUUUUCAAGGUUAAAACUGGUUUUCAGCAAAAUUCCGAAUUCCAGAUCAAAUAAUAACUGGCGGAGAAGAUGGACAAAUUGCAGUUUUUGACCCGGGAAACGAGGAUCAACAAAAUAUCCACGUUUUAACGUAUGCCACGUAUCAUCCAAUUUUGCAAAUGGAACAUGGCGAUUUUUUGGCAUCGGUCCCAAAUGUGCUGGCAAUUUUGUCGCCUGAUCGAUUGGCGUAUUUUAAAAUACAAAGAGGUGAGGGUUUUCGGGGAGGUUUUUUGGCGAAAAAAAAAAAAUUUUUUUUUAAUUAUAAAAUUGGAUUUUUUGAAAGAAUUUGCAACGUGGAUCUUUGGCACAAAUUUUUUGAAUUUUCAAAUUUGCCACGUGGUCUCAUGGCAGCAAAAUAUUGACGCUUUAAUGUUAAAAAAAAGUCUGGAAAUUUCAGAGCCUUUUCUGAAAAUAAAUUUUAAAAAAAAUUAAUUACAAACAUUUUUCAGCGUGACCUAUUUUUCUCCUUAAAACCCGGUCAAUUGUACAAUACAUAUAACAGUAUUUGUACAACGAAAUCUGAUCAAUUUUUUGUGUCACGUUAAAAUUUUUUUUUUCAGUUUUUUAUUUUUGUUUUGUUUUGUUUUUCAACGAGAUAAAAAUCUUGCCACGUCUCUUUUGUCAGAAAAUACGUGGCGGCCUUUUGCUUGUUUUUCUGGAUUUUGUCCAGUCAUUGAUAAUUUUUUGCGUCCGGAAAAUGGUGAGUGAUCAGAACAUCAAAAAUUGAAAAAAUGUUUUUGUUUUCAGAUUUUUCUUCUACAGUAAACCAUUACGCGCUGAUCGAAUGUUUCGCCUCAAUUGAAUCUACGGUAAAUAAUAAAUUCCUCUAGCCAGUUCUAAUUUUGAAUUUUUUAUAGCUGGCUUCAGAAAAAUUGGAGUUGGCCGAUUACCCGACUAUUAUCAUCGAAAAACCGAUCGAAUGA